UCGUAAAUCAAAGUUAGAUAAGAUCUGUAUUGAGAGUGAGGAGCACCAUAUCAGUCUGCAAAGAUUAAAUAUUUGAAAUUUUAUCGCUGCAGCGUUGAUAAAACAAAUAUCAAUUAAACAGCAAAUUCAUUGUCUUUGCAAGAGCAAUGGAAGAACCCGAUUUUCUGUUUUCUUCGUUUCUCGUCGUUUUAAUAAUUAUCUUAAUAUACCUCCUACAACGAAGACCAUGGAAAUACCCUCCAGGUCCGAGGAAAUGGCCAAUAGUAGGAACCUUGCCUUCACUGAAAAAGAAACCUGGAGAUUCGCCUUUUGAUCUGACAGAGAGACUUAGGAAAAAGUACGGCGACGUCGUCGGGAUUUUUAUAGGGCCUCAACCGUCAAUUUUCAUCAAUGGCUACAAAUGCGUCAAGGAAAUUUCAAAUAUGGAGGAAUUCGGAUACCGACCAAACAUCCUCACACCGCGACAUGAAAUGUUCAAAGAAAAGAAAAUUGGAGUGAUUUUCUCUGAGGGCUCGCGGUGGAAGAAUCAAAGACGUUUCACUUUGCGCCACCUGCGAGAUUUUGGCUUCGGCAAGAAAACUAUGGACCAGUUCAUUCAAGAGGAGAUCAACGUCCUCCUCUCUGCAAUCAGGGAGCUAAUUGAAAAACACCCGGAGCAGACCAAGACUGGAGUGGACGUUUUGUCCAUUUUGCCGGCGGUCGCCAUCAACACCCUUUGGUACAUCAUCGCAGGGGUCAAACAUGAUCUGCACGACGAGCGGUUCACGCGUCUCACCCAAAAUGUGCUGCGCUUUUUCAGACUCGGCGACCGCAACUCGCCGGUUGAUUUUUUCAAAUUCUUGCAACACGUGCCCGUCAUCAACAGAGUCUACAAAGAGCAGAAAAAGUUUGCCAACGAGAUAAAUAAUUAUGUUUUGGAGGCGAUCAAAGAGCACAGGCGGACUUUUGAUGAAAAUCACACGAGGGAUUUCAUAGAUAUUUACUUGAAAGAAAUGCAAAACGAUGAAACAGGAUUUUUUGAUGAUGAGCAGUUAGCAACAAUAUGUGUUGACCUUUUUCUCGCUGGAACUGAAACAUCCUCCAGCACCAUAGGGUUUACCCUUCGAUACCUCAUUAAACACCAAGAAGUGCAGGAUAAAGUUCGGAGCGAAAUCCUCGCAGUCGUGGGCAAAAAUAGGCCUCCCACUAUGGCGGAUAUGCCAAACCUUCCAUAUUGUACUGCGGUUCUGACUGAGUCUCUACGGCACUCAGGGGUCACUCCUUUCCCCCCGCCAAGGGCACCAAAAGAAGACACGUGGUUCAACGGCUACUUAAUCCCUAAAAGAGCUAUGGUAAUGAUCAACUUGAGGAGCGUGUUGAUGGACCCGGUUUACUGGGGAGACCCUGAAAACUUCAGACCCGAGAGAUUUAUCGGACCGGACGGCAAAUUCAAGAAAGACGAAAGACUUGUUCUCUUUGGAACUGGCAUGAGGAUGUGUCUUGGGGAGCCUUUUGCGCGCAACACGACCUUUCUAUUUUACACUUCCCUGGUUCAGAAUUUCAAAAUGGAAAUUCCGCCACAUGGUCCUGAGCUUUCGGAACGGACACUGCCAGGAUUCACUACGGCCCCAGCACCGUUUAAAAUUAAGCUCACUUGUCCACGAAACUGGCCCCUGCUAGGAACUUUGCCAGCGAUGGUAGGGAAGCCCGAUGAUACGCCUUUUGAUCAGACGGAUCGUCUUAGCAAAAAAUACGGAAACAUAGUUGGGCUUUUUUUGGGCGUGAAACCUGCCGUGCUGGUGAGCGGCUACGACUGCGUCAAAGAAAUUUGCGCCAAGGACGAAUUCACCUACAGGCCUAACAUGACCGUCGCGCACCACAAAAUGUUCAACCACGAAAGAAGCGGCAUCUUUUUCGCGGAGGGCGAAAAGUGGAAAAGCCAGAGACGAUUUACUCUGCGCCACUUGCGAGACUUUGGCUUUGGAAAGCAAACAAUGGACCACUACAUUCAUGAAGAGGUCAACAUCCUCCUCGCGACCUUUCGCGAUAUGAUAAGCAAACACCCCGAACAAAGGGAAACAGGGCAUGACUUUUUGAAAAUCAUGCCUGCAAUCGCCAUCAACACUCUUUGGUACAUUAUUGCGGGAGAAAGAAAUGAACUGACGGACAAGAGAUUCAUGCGCCUCACAAAUAUGGUCCAGGAGUUCUUCCGGCACGGAGACCAGGCAUCUCCUGUGCCCCUCUACAAACUCCUGCAACACAUUCCUGUCGUUAACAGCAGUUUUAAGCUGCAAGAGGAUUACGGCGACCAAAUUAACCACUUUAUCAAAGAGGCUUUGGAUGAACAUUUGAAAACUUACAACGAAAAUAAUAUGAGAGACUUUAUGGACGUUUAUAUUAGAGAACUCAAGAAGGAUGACAAGACUGGUUACUUUUCUGAACACCAGCUAAUAGCAUUAUGCAAUGACCUCUUCCUGGCGGGUACAGAAACCACUGCUAGCACUACUGCCUUCACUCUUCGUUACCUCAUUAAAAACCCUGACAUUCAAGAUAAAGUUCGCAAGGAGAUUCAUGAGGUGGUUGGAAAAGACAGACUGCCUUCAACAGAAGAUAUUCCGAAUCUUCCCUACUGCGCGGCUGUUUUGGCAGAAACUUUUCGCCACUCUGGAUUGACUCCUGCCACUCCUCCGAGAACAAGCAACAAGGACGCCACUUUUCGAGGGUACAAAAUUCCAAAGGGAACCAUGAUUUUGAUUAACCUAAGAAGUGUCAACAUGGACAAGGUUCAUUUCGAAGAUCCGGAAAUUUUCCGCCCUGAAAGGUUCAUUGGUCCUGACGGAAAGUUCCAAAAAGACGAUAGAACGAUGCCCUUUGGCUCAGGAACACGAUUGUGCCUGGGAGAGCCUUUUGCAAGGAAUACAGCUUUCAUAUUUUACACAUCGAUCGUGCAAAAUUUUAAAGUGGAAAAUCCACCUUAUGGACCGAAACCAUCAGACAUAACUUUGAAAGGCUUCACGACUGCACCUGAACCGUUCAAAAUGACUUUGACACCUUUGAACUAACUUCUCAAUUUGUAUAAUAGUUUAUUUCCCUUUUUAAAAUUAUUUUUAAUAAAAAUUGUUUAACCUUUUUAAAUUCCA